AACACGUGGUUAACGCGCUGUAGGAGCAGCAGGGAGCUGGACAGGCCGUCAGCUGCAGUAGAUACAGCAGAGCGGACCGCAAAAUGGCGCUUUCCGCCCUCACCAGCUAGAAACAGCUGAACAUAGCCGCUGAUUAUCAGAGAUAGAGGGGUCUCAGUCUAUCAUACGGUUAAAGAAACACAGAAUGAGCUCGAUUAAGGGAUUUUCCAGCGCUGUUCUGUUGCUGGUGGUGGUGGUGGAGGGGACGCCCUGCUGUCAGCGUGUGUAACUGCAGUUCAGCGCUGCUGCUCGGAUCACUGAUUCUCAGCUCCAAAUGGAAGAUGUUCUCCUCCGCUCAGAAGAUGAGCUGAAGAUGAUAGGGGUCCUCUGAUGCUUCGCAGUUAGAGAUCAGCGCUUGUUUCAUUUAUUCUUAGUCGAGAUGUUUCCGUCGUGCUAUUCUAAGCCGAAGAACGGCUCCCAGUUUAAGAUGUCCUACACCAAAGUGAUAUUUGGGGUGUUGGUCGUCUAUGUGCUCCAUACGUGCUGGGCCAUCUAUGGCUUUGUGCACACCAAACCGUGCGACCCUAAAAAAGGAGAUGACUGCGUUACAUCUUAUCUCAGCGCUAAACCCAGACUCCAGCUCAGCAUGUACUCGAGUCUGGACCCCAGUGACGAGGCUGGACAUAAACUGCUGCUCAGAGUGGACAAAUUUGAAAUUCAUUCCAAGCUUGAAAGGACAGUAAGCGUUUCAUUGCCUGAACUGACCCAUAAGAAUGGCAGCCUCCAUGCUGUGGUGUUUGUACACAAGAGUGGAGUAUCACCGUGGAAGGACAGCAGACACGUGCGUCUCGUUGCUCGUCUCACCGCUGAAAUGCUUCCUCCCUCAUCUGCAGCCACCCCUGCCUCCACCAGAGACUCUCAGAAGAGAACAGAAGACCAAAGACUUGUGACGUACUGGAAAUCUCGAAUUUCUCUAAACAUGAUGACAGAGGACUUCACUUUUAAUAACGCAGCAGUGCCCAGUGACCUGCGCAGAUACAUCAAAAUAGUUGAAGACGGAAAGAAGGAGAAAAAGAAAAUUUAUCUGCCACUUUUACUGGUUGAUGAAAUGAGAAGCAGGAUAAAGGACUUAAUUGAGAUAAAUAGCACUACAAAAGCAGUUCCAUUCACCAUAUCGUACGACACAAUCACUCUGCGGAAAUUUAGAAUAUGGAUCCACGUUCAAGCUGUGAUAUAUUCACUCAAACAUUUUGGAUUUUCUGAGCAAAACCUUGAUGAAAUUAAAGCCAUGUUUGUUGAGACAGGCCUUCAUAUCUUGGCUUUGUACAUCCUGGUGCCUGCGUUCCAUCUCUCCUUUGAAGUGUUUGCUUUUAAAAACGAUGUGAGCUUCUGGCGAGGGAAGAAGAGUUUAGCUGGUAUUUCCAGGCGAUCAGUGAUCUGGAGAUGCUUCAGCACUGUUGUGAUAUUCCUCCAUCUGCUGGAAGAACAAACCAGCUGGCUCACCCUCAUCCCCAUGGGCAUCGCUGCUUUAAUCGAGCUUUGGAAAGUCAGCAGAGUCUUCGCAAUCCAGCCCAGAUUUAAAGAGGAGAGGGUAGAUGACCUCGAGCACGCAACAGAAGAGCACGAUUCCAAGGCAAUGAAGUUUUUGUCUUAUUUGCUGUAUCCACUGUGUAUCAGUGGGGCCAUAUACUCCUUCCUUUAUCUCAAAAAUAAAAGUUGGUACUUUUGGAUCAUCAAUGGUCUUGUCAGUGGAGUUUAUGCGUUUGGAUUCCUGUCUAUGGUUCCUCAGUUAUAUGUUAACUAUAAGCUAAAAUCAGCCGCCCACUUCCCGAUGUCAGUAUUACUCUACAAAGGGUUAAACACGUUUAUAAGCGAUGUAUUCAGUGGAAUUAUAUCUACUCCCGGCCCCCAUCAGCUGGCUUGUUUCCGAGAUGAUGUGGUCUUCCUUAUUUACCUCUACCAGCGCAGGAUUUACCCUUUAAACAAAUCCCGAUGUCGAGAGUACGGAGCGUCUCACAGGAAGAGAUGUAAAGGAAAAGCACACGAGGACUGACCAAGGGCACGCAUCACAUGACGAAUAAGACGAGCUGGAGCUGCAUGCAUGCUAUAGCAAGGAGCCGAUCACAUAUACACACACCCACAACCGGAGUGUGAACAGGGAAGAUGAUUAAACAUCUGCCACAACUGCUCCUCUCUCUCUCUCCCUCUACAAAAGACUGCUGAGCCUGAGUCUGUCUACAGUCCGUUAAGAGUAUUUACUGCAUUCUACAGCUUGGAUGACCACAGCUGCUCAAACCUUACUGCAGCUCUACUGCAUGAAAGUAUUCUUCUCUACUUUACAAAACUGGAGUUCAGUCUUACUUUAACCUUUUUCAGCCUGCAGGACAUUCUACACAUCAACAGGAAUUCAACCUAAUUUGUUAAUAUCUACAUUUAAAUAGGUUUCAUUUUACUAUGAUUCAUUUAACUUGCCUGCUACCGUAUGCAAAGACUGAUAUAUGAUAUUCACUACACUGAUGACGAGACCUACUGAAUUAAAAUCACGGUACAAGAUUAGUAACCUGACUACAUUCAGCUCCAAGGCCAACUUCAGCUCAAUAUUUCUGUUUAUUUACUGUCUACAGCAGAAUCCUAAUGCUAUUUGUUCUGGUUUAUACAGCAGAAUAGAAACUGAAUUGCAAUAGGUUUAUAGUUUACAGCUCUAUAAACAGAUGCUGCCUUUGUCUGCAGCUUCCACCCAGUGCCCAGCCAGAGACAGCUUCGUCACUGAGGUUCAUGACAAUGUUUGUUCUGUACAGUACUUGGGUUUAAAAAAAAAAAAAAAAAAAAAAAAAGAGAGAGAGAAAAAAGAAUGAACUGUACUGUGUCUUUUUCUAUACGGCAAGACAUGCUUCAGUACCAUACUUGAAUAAUAUUUUAAAUAAGCUUAAAUGUCCAAAAUGGGAACUCUCCAGGUCAACACUAAAGGUGUGCUUAUUUUUAAUGUCAAGUUCACACAAUGUAAAGAGAAGCCAGUUUAUGUCAAGUAUUAGAAAAUUCUCUUGUGUUUCAUGACUUUUGCCAUGUCCCACUGAAGCUAAGGAACAUUGCUCUGACCUGUGAGACCUGCCUAUAAUUUUCUAAGAGGGUGUCUGAGAACACAUUUGUGAUCGUUCCGGCCGUGAAUAAAAUCACAGAGGACCCAGGACCCCAGGACUCCCUGAGAAACUAAUCCCGUCCGGAUCGGGGUUAAGAUGUAUUCUCGGUACACAUUGGACACUGGGGGAAUGUUAAAUGAUGGUGGAAUUUAAAACGCGUCUCUUUGCCAUUAGAAGGCUGGUCAGUGUUUAGCCUCACAAGAUAACACCUCAACUUAUACAGGUGUGGACAUUCCCAAGCUGGCCCAUGAGGAAACAUUUCAUUAUUAGUUUACAUUGUAAGAUAUUUGGCAUUUCAGUUAAAAUAUUUAUUUAUUUAUUGUUUAUUUAUUUAUUUAUUUUGGACUGUGGAUCAAACUGCAGUUUCCUUUCAUUAUCAGAAAUUAAUUUAAAUGGAAACUUAAUGAAUUGACUUGAGUUGAAUGUUUCACUUUCUCUGUAAUCAGAUAUUAUUCUAAAAUAAAACAGCAAAACUUGA